CCUUUAGAUAUGUCUAUUCAAUGUACUUGGUCUUUGCAUUUAUCGCAUGUGUAAAUGAAUCUAGUCACAUUUUACCCAUCUAUACUACUAGGAAAAACGGUCUAUUUCCCCCCGAUAACUAUCGCAUCAUAACAGAUGCAGCCCAAACUUUAACCCCGGUUCUAAUGUCCCUGAAAUGUACCUUUGAGGCCUAGUUCCCCCCGAAACGGAAGUUCACUUCUUAUUUCUCUCCGAAUCAAAUGUUCGAGAGUUAGAACCACACGAAUCUGGGUUUAAUCGGUUUAUUGUAUUGAAAACCCAAUGCUAAACCGAUUAAAUGUUUUAUUAACCAGAGUAAACCCUAAUGUACCCGAAUUCAACCCGAUUUCACUAACCUAACCAAAACCCACCCACCCCGAUUUAACCCCAAACGCAAACCCUAAAAUCAGAUAUCAAAAAAAUCCCCAAAUAUUUCCGACGAACCCUAGAGAGAAAAUUUGAGUGAUCGAAGCUUCCAAUCUCUGCAAUCGAAGGAUGUCUGUAGUUGUUUGUGACCCCGAUAUUGGUGAUGUCGAUCCUGAAGCUGAAGACAGAGACCAAUUUCACGUCGAAGAAAUGUUGAAUGAGUGGAAUGACGAACCUCCGAUUCGCCAUGAUGUGUACCCAGAGAGCGAUGCUGAAGAGAAUGGCGAUGGUCCUGAGAGAGUUCAUACUCAUAUCAGGCGAGGCGAUGGUCAUUUGUACCAUAAGCAAACUUUCUUCAGUGGAGUUGCGUUCAAGGAAGCUGUGGUUGAUUAUGCUCUUAGGACAGGAUGCAAUCUGAAGCAGUACAGGUAUGACAAUGAUAAAAUUGGCUUCAAAUGUGUUGGUAACGAUGGUAAGGAGGAAGGAGUACGAUGUGAAGGAGUACGAUGUGAAUGGCUUGCACCAGAGGACUACGUGUGUCACUGGUUCAGGACAUCUACUUGGAAAAAAAACUACACUGAUGGUGUGUGUCCACAGAGAGGUCCUAAGUUUUGGCCUGAGACUAAUGCUCCUCCUGUGCAUAUACCACAGCCACCAGAAGGAGAGAAGGAUAAGGAGAUGACAAAGAAGGAUAAGAAGAGGAAGAAGGGUGUCAAUGAGUCUCCUACUAAGAAGGCACCAAAGAACAAGAAAAGGAUCAUGCAUUGUCGUGUCUGUGGGACAGCUGAUCACAAUGCUAGGCAUCACAAGAAAGAUAAGGUUUGUUUUGUUUUGUUUUGUUUUGUUUUGUUUUGUUUUGUGUCCACUCUUCUGUGAUCUUGUGUUUCAGGGUUCUCAAGAUGUUUUCCACUCUUCUCAAGCUGAACCAAGUCAAGGGUCACUCACUCAAGCUUAGUGGAGUAGUAGCUAAGUAGAUGUAGGGCACAAAUGUGGUUGUCUCUAUCUAAUUUUCGAUCACAUAUGACUUGUGUAUCCCUCUGUUUUCUAAACCUUUUGAAUGUUUCUAGGUCUUUUGAAUUAAUGUCUCUUCGGAUGGAUGUAGAAUGAAUGUUUUAAAGAAUGUUGGUUUCUCUUAACUUGAAUUUGAUUGUUUUGUUCUCUGUUA